GGAAUCGAUCGGACAGUAAAAGUUCAAUGCAAAGUGUCAAACGUAGAUGUGUCGAUCGCGAUUGUUUUGAUCACAGACACGUAAAAGUGUGAAAAUCUGCUUUGUGUGACUCAUCAAACAUUACACAACUGUGCAGUAGAACAUAAUAGUUUGGCAGUUCUUCGAAAACUUACAAUGAGCUGUGACGUCAGGAGCGGAAACUUCGAAUCGGAUGAAGCGAUAAGAGACUGAUCUACGACGAAAAUUCUUCGCACACUAGCAACUAAAGACGGUGCACGAAUGUCAACAGGAGCUGCUAAGCGAAAGAAAAAACUGUGAACAAAACUAGUCAUUCAAUAAAGUACACACGACAAGAUGAACAUACGAGCCCUAUUGUUGCUGUUGGCAUUCUACGGGAAGCACGCGUUGACCCAGAGUAUUGAUCGCAUAGAGGAGCAACGUUUCGAGGGUGAUCCAUGCUCACUGAAAAACGGCAGCACAGGAAUCUGUCGCAAAACAAGCCACUGCAGGGAAAGUACGCGCAUCGGAGCGCUUCACUGUGAGUUUUCCGGGAACGAACCGGUGAUUUGCUGUCCACUGGCCACUAAUGCGACCUAUGAUUCAUCGGCACGGAUAGUGCAGAGUGCUUGCAGUACGGUUCGUAAAGUGGAAAUCAAAGUCAAAAUAGCCGAUCAUGCAGUCGGUGUGGUCGAAGAAGCAAUGGUCGGCGAGUUCCCGUUCAUGGGCCUGAUAAACUACGACGACGGCGUUACGCGGUGUGGAGCGGCGUUGAUAUCGGACAAGUUUCUCCUUACGGCAGCACAUUGCUUCAAGAGCAGCAAACCUACGGCGGUUCGUUUGGGAACGAAUCGAGCGGAUGAUCCUCUAGCGGAUAGUUUUCCGAUCGCCAAAAUUCACCGACACUUGGGUUACAAUUCGCGUACCAAACAAAACGACAUUGCACUGGUUGAGUUGCGAAACACCGUUACGAUGAAUUCGCACAUUCAACCCAUCUGUUUGCAUACUUCGCUGAUUGAUCUGCCCGAGUAUGUCAAUUUGACCCUUAUGGGAUGGGGAAAAGAUAAUGCAGAACGACUACCCAAUUCUCUGCUGAAAGGGGCCGUGAAUCCGGUGCUACGAAGUUCCUGCCAAACACGGUUUACCACUGGUGGUCACACAAUCAAGCUUACCGAGAAGCAGAUGUGCGCACUGGGGGAAAAGAACGAGGAAGGCGUUGCCACGGACGCUUGCGAAGGAGAUUCCGGCGGACCGCUGGUUCUGCGACAGAACAGCAAGUACUAUCUAGUCGGGGUGGUCUCCACCGGGUCUGGUUGUGGAGAUGAUAACUAUGCUGGAAUUUAUACCCGGGUCGCUAGCUAUUUGGAUUGGAUCAUAGAUCGGACGUGGAAGAAGUGAACCCAACGCGAGUGCUUGUUUUAAGUUUUAUGAUAUGAUAUUAAAUAAGGUAUUUAACCAAGAA